AUGGACUUGCUAAGAGAACGAGCACAGGAUAUUCGCAAUUUAUAGAACAACUAGGUGCAAAUUAAGUAAAUAAGUAUGCUCCAAAAUUUGAUUUUCUGAGUAUAGGGAGAAGAUUAGAUAGAUAAUCGAAACCGAUUCCAUGAACCAAUUAUAUUAAGCUAAGAAACUUAAUUAGAAUGAUCUACUACAAUUCCAGGAGGCCAUCAAAUUCACUCUUAAAAUAAUCGCAGUUAAUUUUGAGGUUUGAUGACUUUAAUAAUAUUAAGUUGCUCAAUCUAGAACCGACGUUGGCGUCAACCACUAAAACUGUUAUUGAACUCUAUCUAUACUACGGGCUACCAUCAAAAGCAGAUCAGUUAUAAAAUGAAAUAUAUAAUCAGAGCAAACAAACCAUUUUUUUGAUUUUGUUACAGCAUCUAAUUGACGUAACAAGAAUGGCCUUAGAAUUUACCAUCAAAAGAUAAACGAAUUUAAGGAUCUUUUGUGUGGGAAAGGAAAUCGAUAAGAAAAAAUCAACUUCCAAUCCUCCAAAGAGAUUGAAUUUUAAGAGUGUUCAAAGAAGUGAAUCAAAUACAUAAGAAAAAGUAAUUUUAUCGAAACAAUCUAUACAUCAUUUUGACACAUAAUCACCAAAUGAAUCUCCAGCAAAAACCUAAAGGAUUUUAGAAGAAAUUUAAGCAACUUCAAGAGACAAUUCUGUUAUGAGAUGUCAUCAAAUAAGACAAACUGAAAUAGUUACCAAAACUCUUCUACCAUGUAUUUACUAACCAAAAUUUAACUAAUAAUCUCUCUUUCGAUAACUAAAACAAAGAAACCUCAGCAUUUAAAAUACUAUUUCAUCCUACAUUAAGUAAAUUAAUGACAAAAUUAUUACUGAUUUAUGA